CUCCUACCAAACGUCACCUUCCUUCUUCACUCCAAAAAUUCUGCACUCAAACGCCUGAGAAAAACUGAAGCCUUUUGAUCUACAAAGCAAUGUCGUUUGAAGAGGACGAAGAGUCGUUUGAGCACACGCUCCUGGUGGUGCGUGAGGUGUCCGUUUUCAAAAUCCCACCACGGCCAACGAGUGGUGGUUACAAGUGCGGCGAAUGGCUACAAUCCGACAAGAUCUGGACGGGUCGGCUCCGGGUCGUAUCGUGCAAGGAACGAUGCGAGAUCCGACUCGAGGAUCCAAACUCCGGUGAGCUGUUCGCGGCGUGUUUCGUGCCGCCGGGACAGAGAGAGAGCUCGGUUGAAUCGGUGCUCGACUCGUCGAGGUACUUCGUGUUGAAGAUCGAGGAUGGGAGAGGGAAGCACGCGUUCAUCGGGCUAGGGUUUAAUGAAAGGAACGAAGCAUUCGAUUUCAAUGUGGCAUUGUCUGAUCACGAGAAGUAUGUGAAGAGAGAGAAUGAGAAGGAAGUUGGAGAUGGUGAGGCUGGUGAUGAUAAUCACAUUGAUAUUCAUCCUGCUGUUAAUCACCGAUUAAAGGAAGGUGAAACAAUCCGGAUAAGUGUGAAGAACAAACCAUCUAGUGGGACAGGCAUGCUUUCGGCUGUGGGAUUGGCGGCUGGAACUACAGGAGCUGUGAAUAAAACUCCAGCCCUGGCACCUCCGCCUAGUGGAGGUAACAAGAUUAGGUCUCCUCUUCCACCCCCUCCAAAUGAUCCAGCUACUGCUCGGAAGACUUCUAUCUCUCCCAGUAUUGCUCUAAAGGAAAACACCAAGCAUUCCACUGAUCCGCUUUCAGAUCUCUCUCAAAUUGAGAGAAGCCUGCCUUCAGCCACGGGAUCCGGAUCAAGUAAAACCACAGCAGCUGGAUGGGCAGCGUUUUAAUUUUGUGUAUUAAAUAUGGCUGACAUGUAUGAUCGCUGUUGUAUUACCAUAGUAAAAUAGACCGAGAUUCAGAAAAUGGAAGAGAAAUUUCAUGGUGGUUUUUUCCUCACAUUUUGGAAGAUAAUUGCAAUGGAAUAUGUUAAUGUACUUGCUUGACAUCUGAAUUGAGUCUCUGUAUUACAUGCAAUAAGGAAAGUAUCUUAUUUUACCGUUUACACAAA